AAUAAUAUUAAUGCCGUAAUUCUUUAAAUUCCACAUUCCAAAGCACACUCCACACCACUCAGUUAAAUUAUCUACUUAUUAGGAUGAUGGAGACCCAAGGUUCUGUAGCACUGGUGGUUGGUGUCACCGGGGUGACUGGGCUGAGCCUAGCCCAAGCCCUGAAGCAGCCGAGCUGUCUGGGAGGCCCAUGGAAAGUUUACGGCGCGGCCCGCCGACCAGGGCCCAGUUGGUUCCCUCCUUCUAUGGUGGACGAGUUGAUCACCUUGGACGCUGUUGACUCUGGCGACACACGCGCGAAGCUUCUCCCCAUAGCUGAUGAGGUCACGCAUCUUUUCUGGAUCACCUUGCAGGUUCGUGCAGACGAAGAAGCCAACAUCAGUGUCAACAAAAGCAUGCUUCUCAACGUUCUCACCGCCCUCAAGUCCUCCUCUUCUUCCCGGCUGGCCCAUGUAACGGUCCAAACCGGCACCAAACACUACAUGGGCCCAAUUUUCGACCCGGUCCUGUCCACCCAACUCGUCUGCCAGGAGCCACCCUUCGACGAGAACAUGCCACGCCUCCCUUACCCCAACUUCUACUACGCGCUCGAGGAUCUGGUUGAAUCCCACGCGCCCUCGAUUACAUACUCAGUGCACCGCUCCUCCAUCAUAUUAGGCGCCACCGCGAGAAGCUCAUACAACGCGCUGUUGACGCUGGGGACCUACGCCGCAAUUUGCCGCCACCUGGGGUUGGCGUUUCGGUACCCGGGAACGAAGUACACGUGGGAGCAUUUCUGCGACAUGACCGAUGCGCGUGUCUUGGCGCAGCAGCACGUGUGGGCUGCGGUUACACCCGAGGCUAAGAACCAGGCCUUUAACUGCACGAACGGUGAUGUUUUUAUGUGGAAGAGCGUGUGGAAGCUGCUCGCUGAGGUUUUCGAUGUGGGGUUUGUGGCGUUUGAUGAAAGGGAAGAGUUUGAUUUGGCGGAGCUGAUGCAUGAUAAGGGAAGCGUUUGGGAAGAGAUUGUGGAGAAAUACGGGCUUUGCAAUACCAAGUUGGAGGAAAUUGUGUGUUAUGAAGCCUUCCAAACAGUGCUACGUUUUCCGUUUCAACAUGUGUCUAGUAUGAGUAGGGAAUACGGGUUUUUCGGCCAUGCUGAUACGUUUAAAAGUAUCAGAUUCUGGGUGGAGGAGCUGAGAAAGAUGAAAAUCAUACCAUCCUAUCAACAAUAAAUAAUUAAGCCCGUAAGUGUCUAUGUCUAUGUUUAAGUCAAUUAUGUAAACAAUAAUUAAAGACUACGUGGUCUAGAAUUAUAUAAUAAUUUUUCUUUAUCAA